AUGCGGUCGCCCGGGGCUUCCGGUAGCCCGGGCCAGGGGGGAGGGGUCCCCGUAGUGCCAUGCGGCCCCGGUCCACGUUCGGCCGCAUGGUCUCGGACCCCGAGGGCAGCCUCCAAUGGGGAACACUUCCGGUGCUGCGGCCGCCCCUGCCCCAAAGCUGCGCCAGGCCAGGGCCAUGCCGUCUCCCCUCCCCCCCGCCGGCCGCCAACCCUCUCCACACGCCCUCCCCGCACAGCCCCCUCCCCCACCUCACGUGGCCGCUCGCCGCUGGUCCUCAACGGCCCGGGAACCCUUGCCCCGGCCGGGCCGACCUGGCCCCCGGCCCUCGCCCCGGCGUGGCCGCCUGGCGGCCUCUCCCGCGUGGCGGCCUCGCGGCUCGCCGUCCCCCGCCCUGCGUCGCUCCAACGUCACCCGGCCGGCCCCAACCGUCACCCCUCGCGCCAACUGGGCCGGGCGCCCGCCGCUCCGCACAUCGCGCCGCUCCCGGGCCAAACCAGUGCGGCGGUAGCCGCCGCUCCCUUCGGCCCCCCUCCCCGACCCCCGCCUAGUUCCGUCUCUCGUUCCCGGCCCAAACCGAGGUUACGCGCAGGCGCGCCCGGCCCGCUCUCACCUCGCGCGAACGCACUGACUCGACCCCGUCCGCUCGCCGCGAGCCCAACCGCUGCCUCCGAACCCGCUGCUGCUGCUGCCGCCGCCGCCGCCGCCGCCGCCUCUAGCGCCGCCGCCGCUGCUGCACACGGGUCUUACUCGAGCUACCCGGCAGCCCCCCUGCAGCUGCGCAAUACGGAUUCCCGCACUCCACACCCUCCGAAGGAAACGCCUGGGUCUCGACGCAUGCGUGUUGGGAACCCUAACCGCCCCUUCCACCUCAGACGUCGUCCGGACGCUGGGUGUUGAAAAGACCACGCCACUGGGCCGCCUGCCGCGUCCAGGACGCAUGCGUCCGAGCAGGCGCCCCGCCUCGGCUCUGCCUGGUGAACCGACCCCAGGCACGUUCCCGAGGUCUGGCUCGGUGAGGAGGGCUGCUCCUUUCCCGAUCGCUGUCUGAGGAGCUUGCCCAGGAGACUGCCCUCCGUGGGAGCCCCUU